CCACCAAUCAUGACCACCUCCAGCAUGAACAUGAUGAGCAAGAUCAUCUUCUACGAGGAGAGGAACUUCCAGGGUCGUUCCUAUGAGUGCAUGAGUGACUGCCCUGACAUGUCCUCCUACAUGAACCGCUGCCACUCCUGCAGGGUGGAGAGGGGCUGCUUCAUGGUCUACGACCGCACCAACUUCAUGGGAAACCAGUACUUCAUGAGGAGGGGCGAGUAUGCCGACUACAUGAGCAUGAUGGGCAUGAGCGACUGCAUCAGGUCCUGCCGCAUGAUCCCCAUGUACAGGGGCUCCUACAGGAUGAGGAUCUACGAGAGGGAGAACUUCGGUGGCCAGAUGUACGAGGUGAUGGAGGACUGCGAGAACAUCAUGGACCGCUACAGCAUGUCCAACUUCAUGUCCUGCAACGUGAUGGAGGGCCACUGGCUGAUGUAUGAGCACCCCCACUUCAGAGGCAGGAUGUGGUACAUGAGGCCCGGCGAGUACAGGAGCUUCAUGAACAUGAGCGGCAUGAGCGGCAUGAGGUGGAUGAGCAUGAGGCGCAUCAUGGAUUCCUGCUACUAA